CCCCUUCCCCUCUUCCAGGCCUCCAACCACUUGUCGACGCCCUCGUGACCGCCAUCAAUGACCCUCAAUCUUCCUCCGUGGGACUAGGAGUGUUGGCAACCCACAUGCGACGGAUAACGAGACAUAGUCAGAUAUUGCUCAACGCUGCUCGGGCGGGCUCUUCUGAGGCGAGGGAGAAAUUGGAUAAGGGUGAUGUGGAACUUAGAGAAACUGAGUAUGAAAGGGAGAGGGUCAGGGAGGAGAUUGAGAAAUGUAUGGAUUAUGCACCCACAUACAAAGACCUACCCCUUCCCGAUACCGACACAUUCCUUUCCAACGCAGAUCCCGAUAUACUCAAGAAUCUUCCGAAUCCAGACGAUAACUCCUACCCUUACGCACUCACCACAGCUCGAUUAGAACAAGAACUGGCAGAUGUCAUCAAACUUGAGGGGCAACUAGCUCAGUUAACAAGAGAUAGGGAAGCUGUGAUCAAGGCGAAGAAAGAGAUAAAGUCAAAGUUUGAUGCUGUUGAUGUUUACUUGACCGACUUUGCAAAGACCACAAACGCAGUAGCCAGCAAAAUCAAAGAUGUGGCCAAAGUCCCACUUCCUUAACCACCAGUCCUUCACAACAACAUUUCUUCGACUUUCAACUCACCUCUCCUGUGUAUCAGGGAUGUUGAUUUUUCACAAUGGGCCCGUUCAUGAUACGUAUCUAUGCAUACAAUGUAAAAGAUG